AUGAAGUUGUCCUUCGCCUCUUUGGCGGUCGUCGCCCUCGCGACUCAGUCCGUUGCGGGCGACUGGCUUGGUAGAGCCGGUAAGUACAUCUGUUCCCAUUUCACCAGCACCAGUUGCAGCAGCGCCAGCAGCACACUCCACGCCGGCUAUCAUGAUGAGCGAUAUCGAGCUCCUCUGUUGCGCCCAGAUGGGUUUCGCGAGAAAGUGCGAAGAGCAAUUUCUAGCAUUCCGCUGUUUACCGUCCUUUUUGUUUGGCAUCAACAGCACCAUUGCGACACCCCAGCAUCAUUAUCAUCCGACGUCAGACUGACUAACGCGAGGCCGUACAGCGUACAACAAGUGGCACGAAACCGAGCUCGAGCGCUGGCUCUCCGACCACGACAUCCCCUAUCCUGCCGCCGCAGACCGCAAAGACUUGGAGAACCUCGUCAAGAGCAACUGGGAGAACAACAUCGCGAAGCCCUACAACUCGUGGGAUACCAACCAGCUGCAGAGCUAUCUCUCCUCCAAGGGUAAGGAGGUCAAGAAGGGCACCGAGAAGAACAAGGACAGCUUGAUUCAACAGGUCCAGAGCUACUGGCAUGAGAGUGCCGACCAGGCCAACGACGCCUAUUCCAGCGUCCAGAGUUGGGUCUUCAACACGUAAGUCACUAUCGCCGUCUUCACAGAGCGUUUGCUAACAUCUCCGCAGCUGGACUGAGUCUCAGCUCAAGGCCUUCCUCGACUACCACGGCAUCCCCAACCCAUCUCCACGCACUCGCGACUCGCUCCUCUCCACCGCUCGCUCGAACUACCAGUCCAUCGCGAACAAGGCCGGAGAGACUGCCUCCUACCCGGGUAACUGGCUUUGGUCGCAGUGGUCCGACUCUGAGCUCAAGGCCUGGCUCGACGAGCGCGGCGUCCCUGUCCCACAGCCCAGCAACCGUGACAGCCUCAUCGCCUCUAUUCGCCGUAACGCUAAAGUCGCCUCCGACCGUGCCGCUGCUGGCAUGGCUUCUGCUACCGCCUCCGCUGCCCAUGCCCAGCAGUCUCUGACCGACCAGAUGAUCGAGAAGUGGGGUGACAGCGACAUCAAGGAGUGGCUCGACAAGAAUGGUGUUAAGGUCCCACAAGGCAGCAAGCGCAACGAGCUUGUCGCACUCGCUCGUAAACACUCCGCUCAGCUCACUGGCAACUCCAAGUCCUCUGCUUCUUCCGCCUACGGUGCCGCCACUUCCAGCGCUGGCAACUGGUUCGCUCAACAGACCAACGAGGCCUACGGUCAAUUCCGUCAAUACUACGACCUGAUUGCCAACCAGUUCGGCGUGGCUUCUGCCGAGGCCCAGAAGAGCCUCAGCUCUGCUUCCUCCACUGCCAGCAUUGAGGCCUCCAAGUCUUCCGUCGCCGCCUCCAAGUCCGCCGUCUCCGCCUCGUCGCAGGCUGGUAAGAGCGCUUCCAGCGCAGCCAGCUCCGCAAGCUCUGCCUACAAGAAGGCCACCGACAGUGCCAAGAAGGAGUUGUAA